CGAGUUUAAUUGUAAGCAAACGUGAGACAAUCAGACAAAUAAAAAAUUUACCGUGUCAUUUUCUAAGAGGAAACAGGUUAGAUACUAAACUUUAACCAUCUUAUUAUACCUAAACAUGGGUUAUAGUCAUUUGCUUAACUCGUUAAACCGUCUCAAAGUUCCAGCAAAUCGAGUAUUAAAAUGUUUUAGCUCAAACAAGCGAGCCGUCUCUUCCGUUUUAACCAACACAAAUGAAGCCAAAGUAAAAGUCGGAAUAAAUGAUAUUUCAGUUGGCUCAGAGUAUGAAGGUUUUGAGGUUAAAUCAAUUCAAGAAGUGCAAGAUCUUGCCCUGACUGCUGUCCGACUCACUCAUCAGAAAACAGGAGCAGAUUACCUGCACAUUGCUAGAGAGGACUCUAAUAAUGUUUUCUGCGUGGGAUUUCGAACUACCCCUAAAGAUUCAACAGGAGUCUCCCACAUCCUUGAGCACACAGCUUUGUGUGGAAGCAAAAAGUAUCCAGCAAGGGAUCCUUUCUUUAAAAUGUUGAACAGAUCAUUGUCAACAUUCAUGAAUGCCAUGACUGGGCCUGACUACACCAUUUACCCAUUUUCCAGUCAAAACUCAAAAGAUUUCAAGAACCUUUUGUCUGUCUACUUGGAUGCUGUAUUUUACCCCAAGCUACGAGAAUUGGAUUUUCUUCAGGAAGGUUGGAGACUUGAAAAUGAGAAUCCUCUAUCGCAAGAUACCCCUCUACAAUUUAAAGGAGUUGUCUUUAAUGAAAUGAAAGGAGCUUUCUCUGACCCUUCAUAUGGACUAAAUCAACAUCUUGUAAGAAACCUGCUACCAAGCCACACCUAUGGAAAUUGCUCUGGAGGUGAUCCUCUCAAAAUCUUGGAUUUAACAUGGCAGCAAUUAAAAGAUUUUCAUGCAAAACAUUACCACCCCAGCAACUCUAGGUUUUACACUUAUGGUGACAUGCCUCUGAGAGACCAUUUGCAAUUCAUCAAUCAAAACUACUUAAAAAGCUUUGAGCAAAUCUCACCCAGCGAAGAAGUUCCAAACGAGAAACGUUGGGUCCAACCUCGGCGAAUCAGUGUCGACGCACGAGAAGAUCCGUUCGCACCGAACCCUGAGAAACAAGCCUCAGCUGUUGUUAGUUACGUUCUUGCAGAUAUCAACGAUUUGUACGAGACGUUCGUGUUACAAAUUUUAAGCGAACUUCUCACCGGAGGACCUAACUCGCCCUUUUACCGCAAUUUGCUUGAGCCGAAUAUCGGUACGGGUUACUCGCCCGUCACGGGAUUUGACAGUCACACAAAAGAUACCACUUUUACUAUUGGCUUGCAGGGCGUUCACACCAACGACGUUGAAAAAGUAUUGGCGAUCAUCCGCUCUACAUUUGAAGAGGUUGUCCGAACUGGUUUCCCCGCUGAACGAAUCGACGCUGUUCUUCAUUCAAUCGAGCUGGCCGUGAAGCACCAAACUUCAAACUUUGGUCUUUCGAUGGCUAUGAAUCUGACACCUCUUUGGAACCAUGGAAGUGAUCCUGUUGAAGCGUUGUAUAUCAAUUCAAAAGUGGAAAAAUUCCGUCAAAAUCUGCGUGACAAUCCCGACUAUUUGAAGAACAAAGUCCGCCAGUAUUUCGUCGACAACACGCAUAAGCUAGUAGCAGUUAUGCAACCGGACAAGGACUUUGAAACGAAAUUGGAACAACAAGAAAAAACUAUACUCGAGGCCAAAUGUGGCACCUUGACCGAUGAAGACAAGGCUUCCAUUUUCACCAAAAAUCAAGAGCUUCUUGCCAUGCAGAGCAAAGUGAAUGACACUGAAUGUUUACCAACACUCCAUCUCAGCGAUAUUUCCAGUCAAGCGGAACAAGUGAAGUUGGAUCAUGUGAAAAUACUUGGAGUUCCUCUUCAAGUAGCUGUGCAGCCAACUAACGGCAUAACAUACUUUCAUGGCGUGUUAAACACCGCAGACUUGCCGGACAAGUUGAAAAUUCAUUUGCCUUUGUUCGCUAUGGCUGCCACAAAAAUGGGUGCUGGAGAUAUGGAUUAUCGUCAGCUGGAUCAACAGAUCGAACAUAAAACUGGCGGACUCUGUUUCGGCAUGCACCUAACUGAAGGGCCUGGCUCCGUCCGCUCUUUUGAACAGGGAAUUCAAUUUUCGUCCCACUGCCUAGAUCGAAAUCUUCCCGACAUGUUCCAGUUAUGGCAGUCCGUGUUUAACCGACUUCGCCUAGUAGACGAGAAUCGAUUGGAGACUCUCAUCCGAAAUUUAGUAGGAGACUUGGGUAAUAGUCUUACCCACUCUGGGCAUCACUACGCCAUGACUCACGCUGCAUCCUCCCUCACGCCAACAGCCCACCUCAAAGAGUUGGACGAAGGAGUGACGUACAUCAGGAGGGUAAAAGCCAUAGCUGAAACCAAUCAGUUUGAACCGCUGCUCGAAUGCAUGCGUGACAUUGCCAGUCAUUUACUAGUUAAAAACAAUAUGAGAUGUGCCCUGAACGUGACGUCCGAUUCACGAGAAGAGGCUGUUAAGCAAUUAGAAGGAUUUGUGUCUUCAGUCAAGGGAUCACCUGUCGACCAAGAUGUGUGGACCGUUGAUAAUGAAUUCCAACCCAGUGUCCAGCGCAGCCAUUACGUAUUGCCCGUUCCUGUGAAUUUUACCUCUAAAGUUCUCCCUGGUGCUUCGUACUUGUCGCCGGAUUUCGCUCCGCUCCGGGUACUCGCUGGAAUCAUGUCGUCUAAAUUCUUGCAUCCUGAAAUCCGAGAAAAGGGUGGAGCUUACGGAGGUGGAGCCAGCGCAUCCGCUACUGGACUCUUUUCUUUCUAUUCGUAUCGCGAUCCGAAAUCUUUCGAAACCAUCGACACAUUCGAUCGUGCUGUCGAAUGGGCCAUAAAGGCCGACUACAACGAUGAAGCCAUUAAAGAAGCCAAACUUCGAGUGUUCCAAAAAAUCGAUGCCCCAACUCCACCGUCUGGCAAAGGAAUGCGUCUCUUCCUCAGUCAUAUCAGUGACGAGCAAUUUGCUGCUCAUCGCCAGCAAUUGGUUAAUGUAACCAAAGAUGACCUGGUCCGAGUUUGCCAAGAGUAUCUUCGUCAACCAGCCGUCCAGGGUGUCACCAUAAUCGGCCCACCCAACGACACAACAGCCAGAGAUUCCUCGUGGAACGUGGAAUUCUCUUAGUUUCUUAGUGAAAUUUGUUGAAUUAGAAAACAUAACCUAGUUUUUUUGUUUAAACGUAUAUUGUGUUCUAUUCUUGAGAACUGUUCCAAAAUAAACUCUUGAUGUUCGAG